GAGAGAGAGAGAGAGAGAGAGAGAGAGAGAGAGAGAGAGAGAGAGAGAGAGAGAGAGCAAGCGAGCGAGCGAGAGAGAGAGAGAGAGAGAGAGAGAGAUGGUUACGAUACCAGGUUGGGUUUUUAUACGUCAUUUUGACUCGCCAGGCAACGACAUUCAGCAAGUGGUGGUUCUCAAGGGAAAUCCUGAAGCGCUUGCCAAUCUGGCGUCCACUCAGGGUCGUCGUCAGGAGAAAUGUGUUGCCUUCAACACCGACGGCUGGAUGAAGAGCGCUCUUGUCCCUCGCGAGAAAUGGCGCCGUGUCUACGCUGAUUCCAAACAGGGCUUAUGGGUUCGUUCCGACGCUCUCGAGGCCCUGGAGUGGGAGUUCGUUAAGGGCUUCGAUAGCCCAGGCAACGAUAUCCGCUGUGUCGAAGAUUUGGCUGGCAAUCCCUCUCAACUCAUGCACUACGUUAAUUGUGAUAUCCCUGAGUGCGUGGCCUUCAACACCAACGGCUGGAUUAAACACUCCAUCCGUCCUAAGAUCGAAUGGUACAAAUUUAGCGAUAGCGCAUCUGAGGGUAUGUGGGUCAAGAAGACUGCGUUAGACUCCUUGGAAUGGGUGUUUGUCCCUUUCUUCGACAGUGAUGGGAACGAUAUUUCCCGCGUCGCUGGCACUCCCGCUGAACGGCGCGCAGUUGCUGUCUCUUUGCGCGAAAAAUGCGUGGCGUAUAAUACCAAUGGGUGGAUGAAACACACUCUCCUGCCUAGAGAUAAGUGGUAUAAGUGGACUGAUAACGAAAGGGAGGGGCUUUAUGUGAAGAGAAGUGUACUCGAGAGAUUGGGAUGGGAGUUCUUUCCGUAUGUAGACAGUCCGGGGAACGACUUCAAGUGUUUGUCCAAGUGGGCGGAUGACUCGUCGAGUCUGUUAAGGUAUAUAAAUGAGAGAGAACCGACGUGUGCGGCAUUUAACACUGCAGGGUAUUUGAAGAUGGCAGUGCUGCCCAAGGAUCAGUGGGUGCACGUCACGACGAGUCCGUUCAGAGGACUCUGGGUAAGAAGACGCAUAGUUCAGCAGCAGCAACAGCAGCAGCAGUAGCAGCAGCAGCAGAGACAAACGGAGGACAGGAAAGCACCCUUCCUCUCGCCGACUUAUUAACGGAACGGUGGGAAUGCUCGGCCUUUCCGUUUUCUUUUUUUGCUCUUCCGUUUCUCUAUCGUUUUCGUUCUUCUCUUCCAUUCUCUAUAGCUUUAGGAAUGCUUCUGCACUCUCGAUUCUUUUUUUCGUUGUUCCUCCCACCUGACUCGCCGCUUUUCUCAUUCGGUUAAGGGUUUUUUUUUUUUUUUUUUCCCCGUUGGGAAUCUCAUGCGGAACCGA